ACCACCAUAUCAUAUGAAGAUGCAUACACGCAUGGAUACAAAGAUGGAUACACUUCAGGAUAUCAAAAGUCCUACGUCGGCCUCAAGCACCAACCGGUGGCUAUAAUUGGAAUGUCUUGCCGCCUACCAGGAAACGUCAGUACGCCCGACGAAUUUUGGGAACUUCUUGCACGAUCGCGGACCGGAUUUUCAGAAAUCCCACCGUCUAGAUUUUCAGCUGAUCGUUUCUUUCAUGCCAACCCUGGCAAGAGUGGUACGACUAACGCGCGCGGGGGCAAUUUCCUUACUCAUGAUCUGAGUGUUUUCGACGCACCAUUCUUUGGCUUCACCCAGCAGGAGGCGGUUAGCUUGGACCCUCAGCAACGCCUUCUUCUCGAAUGUACCUUCGAAGCUUUAGAAAGCGCCGGAAUACCUAAGCAUGAGGUUGUUGGUCAGAAUGUUGGAGUCUUCGUCGGUGGCACGUUCUCCGAGUAUGAGGCAGACCUAUUUCGGGACCCUAAUACAAUUCCCAUGCAUCAAGCGACUGCAGGCGUUCACUUGAAUAUGCUUCCCGAGUUCUGGAUCUCUUACUCCAUGUCGCGCUUGUUCGGAGAAGCGGGUAGAUCGUUUGCAUUCGAUGAUCGUGGAACUGGAUAUGGCCGUGGUGAGGGUUGUGGAAUGGUCUUACUGAAGUUGCUUGAUCAAGCAAUUAAGGACAAUGACCCUAUCAGAGCAGUAAUCACUGGAAGCGGGAUCAAUCAAGAUGGUAAAACACCCGGAAUCACAAUGCCGAAUGGCUCAGCACAAGGUAUUGCGGGAAUCAUCAAGACCGCAUUGAUGCUAGAACGAGGCUUCAUUUUGCCGAACUAUGAUUUCAAACGCCCCAACGAGAAAAUCCCCUUUGACGAAUGGGGAUUGAAGGUGGCGACCCGGCAACAACCUUGGCCUUUUGGGAAGAAAUGGGCCAGCGUGAAUGGCUUUGGCUUCGGAGGUACGAAUGCGCAUGUAAUCAUGACGCGAGGCCCUUUGGAUCGCAAGACUAUGAAAGAAGAGAUAGAAACUUUGACGUCGCAGAGACUCUUCGUUCUAUCAGCAAACGACAAGACCAGCACAGAGAAAGUAAUGAAGAAUCUCGGCGUAUAUCUGGAGCAACGACCAGAAGUCUUCCAGAAUGAUUUGCUAAGUAAUUUAGCAUACACCCUUGGGCAAAGAAAGUCACUACAUCCAUGGCGCAUUGCGGUCUCAGUAUCGACAGGCUCUGAGCUGGUAGAAGCUUUGUCCAGCGGCAAAGUCAUCCCCACAAAACAAGAGCUCGAAAAACCACGCAUCGGAUGGAUCUUCACCGGACAGGCCGAUAAACAUCUUCGCUCUAUAGGCGCUGCAUUUUCUUUACUCGAGGAACUAAACAAAGAAGAGCACACAAGCCAAGUGAACGCUGCACAUAUAUCUCAGCCCUCCUGCACAGCUGUGCAACUAGCUCUUGUUGAUCUAUUGCAGUCAUGGGGUAUUUUCCCAUUAGCUGUCGCUGGCCAUUCAUCAGGCGAGAUCGGAGCUGCUUAUUCUGCUGGAAUAAUCGGCUUCGAAGAUGCCAUGACGGUUGCUUAUCACAGGGGCCGCUUGAUCCCCGUGCUGAAAGAAAGAUUCCCGGAACUUCACGGCUCCAUGAUAGCUGUAGGAGCUGGAAAAGACGACAUUGUACCUUUCUUGGAUCAAAUCCCUUCUUCUAUGGGGGAAGCCCGAAUUGCUUGCAUAAACAGCCCGUCUAGCGUGACCGUAUCUGGCGAUACAGAUGCUCUUGCCAAAUUGCAAUCUCUAAUUGAAGAAGCACACCCAGGAAUGUUUGUUCGGAAGUUGCAGGUCGACACCGCCUAUCAUUCACAUCACAUGAAUCUUGUGGAUGCGACGUAUUGGGUGAACAACUUGACUUGUGCUGUACGCUUCGAUGAGGCUGUACAAAGUAUGUGUCAAGCUAGUGGCGAUUCGAAAUCAGGUGUGACUCUUUUGGUAGAGCUAGGCCCCCAUGCUGCCCUUCAAGGCCCCAUCAAGCAAAUUCUCAAGCAUAUCGGCGCGCCCAAGAUCGGAUACACCUCGGCGCUCUCGCGGAAGAAAAAUGCAGUCGCAACGGCUCUUUCGAUGGCAGGCGUAUUGUUUGUAAAGGGUAUUAUCCUCAACAUGGGGGCGAUCAAUUUUCCGACGCCACUGGAAAGACCUCCACAGGUACUCACCGAUCUCCCUCGCUAUGCAUGGAACCACUCAUCCAAUUUCUAUUAUGAAUCUCGACACACAAUGAUUCAUAAGCACCAUAACGUGCUUCGAAAUGAUAUCAUUGGCGUCCUGGCCUCAUACUCGAACGACUUUGAACCGACUUGGACAAAUGUUGUUCGAUUAGAUGAUUUGCCAUGGCUGCGUCACCACCAAAUGCAAGGGGUAACUAUAUUCCCAAUCUCAGGGUUUGCAGUCAUGGCAAUCGAAGCAAUGGUGCAGAUGGCACAGUCUCAAAAUGAGCCGUGGGAUACCCUGGAAGUCAUGGGGCUGCACGUUACGGCGCCGGCAAUGCUAGCGGAAGAGGAUUUGGAGAUGACCAUAACCUUGCGAUCACGUGUUGAGAAGAACUGCUAUGGAAAGUCGCGAGAGUUUGUAAUUCGCUCUUGGUCAAAGAGCAAAGGUUGGACUGAACAUUGUGUUGGUGUUGUCGCCAGCGCCCGGCGAAUCGAUCAAAACGAAGUAGAAGGAGAACGCUUGAAGCAAAUCCGAAAACGAGAUUUGCGUUCUCGAGCAUCCAAUAUUACAGUCUCCGCGACCGAGCAAGUAUCGACGCAAGCCGUGUAUAAGAAGUUGUCUGAGAUUGGCGUUUCUUACGGAGCGACCUUCCAAGGCUUGCACGAUAGUAGGGCUUCAGUAGACGCUGCGACAGCGCUUAUAUUCCCUACUGAUACUGUAUCGGAAAUGCCACAUCACCAGGAAACGAGAUAUAUUCUUCAUCCAACGCUCCUUGAACAACUGAUCUCCAUGUACUGGCCAAUAAUCAGUGUUGCUGGGCCUCUGGACACAGUGCACCUGCCUUCAACCGUUGGAAAAAUAACAGUUGCUGCCAAAAUGAUGGAAUAUAUAGAGACACCCGGAGCCAGUCUGGAAGGUUUCUGUGAAAUGUCAGAUCCAUUCUCAAAAGAUCGAUCAAAUCGUCUGUCAAUGUUCGCUAUUGAUGGCGAGGGCGAACAAAUGAUAUCCGUCGAAGACCUCGUGGUGUCGUCUAUUAUCGAGAGCGCUGCGGACACCGAUUUAGAGGGCCCCCGGGAGCUAUGCUACAAAACGGAAUGGGAAGAUGUCAGUGCUGAGCGUAAAAAUGAGGUGAUGGGACUUACCAAUGGCACUGCUCCUCAUUUUGACUCGGAGAUCAUCAUCGUUCACGGUGACUCCAUGUUGCAGCACGCUCUGGCAACCAAACUAUCAGACCACUUCCAACGCACCACUGGAAGCUUACCUACAAUGGGUACAAUUUCAUCGUUAGCAGCGACUGCAAAGGAGAAACUUUGUCUGUUUAUUGCGGAACUUGAGCGGCCAAUCCUGGCUGAUCUAAACGCCUCGGAUUUUGACGCUCUGCAGACCUUACUCACAAGCGUCGCAGGAAUUCUUUGGGUAGUCCGCUCCGCAUACGAUGGGUCUCAAAAUCCUGAUAGUAACAUGAUCUCUGGUUUGAGUAGGGCAUUGCGCUCCGAGGGUACGCUCAUGAAGUUCGCGACCUUGGAUCUAGACAGUGCAAAACUUGCAAGUUACUUGGAUAUAAUACCAACCAUGGUUGGUGUCUUCUCCAGAGUUUUCGCGACCGAUGGAAAGAGUUCCGACCUCGAAUUUAUGGAGAGAGGGGGACGCCUGUUCACGCCAAGAAUCGUAAACGAUUCAGAUAUGAACGAGUAUGUCGAUAGCAUUGUUAACCCUUCUAGUACUGAGCCAGCAGUAUUCUCAGAUCUACAUCGACCAUUGAAAGGUUCGAUAUGUAUUGCUGGUUCGCUGGACAGUCUUGCUUUUGAAGAUGACAAUGCUUUUAUCCAACAUGUUCAAGACGAAGAGGUUGAUAUCCACAUCAAGGCCGUUAGCAUAUGCCACAAGGAUACAGGACUCAAUCACGCAAUUGGAAUGGAGUGUAGUGGAAUUGUCAUUGCUGUAGGCCCCAAAGUCUCUAACAUUUCCGUCGGGGAUCGAGUUGCGGCAGUUUCGACUCAUGGUACUCUGUCGACUAUCGCACGGACAAAAGCGUCCCUGCUCUUCAAGAUUCCGGAUGAUGUCCCGUUCGAGUCGGCAACUACUGUACCCAUGGCCUACUCCACUGCUAUAUACGCAUUGAUCGACCAAGCAAGAUUGUGUGAAGGGGAAAGCAUUCUUAUUCACGCUGCUGCGACUGACGUGGGCCAAGCCGCGCUUUCCAUUGCGAUGAUGGUGGGAGCUGAUCCAUGGGUCACUGUUGAGACGGUUGAAGAGCAAGACUUGCUGAUGCGUGAACAUCGUAUUCCAGCUAAUCGUAUUUGGCACAUUGGGAGUCCAGGCAUCUCCGAAGCCGUGGCAGCUGAGACUGGCGGAAAAGGUGUCGACAUCAUUUUAGACGUCCUUGCAAAUGACCGCGCAACACCCUGGACCUGCAUUGCAAAUUUCGGAAGAAUCAUUUCUGUCGGCGCCAGAAAUAUAGCCCUAGGUGAUAUUGAAGCCGAGAAGAACAUAUCACUACUGGCUACGGACGUCAUUGCGUUGAUCAAACACCGUCCACAUGUUUUCCAACGCACACUCACUCAUGUCGCAAGAUUGCUUCGGUAUGGAAAAAUUCAACCUAUUGCUCAGGCCAAGACGUACAGCAUCGGAGAUGCGGCGACGGCUCUACAGGCUGUCUAUGACCAAGGCGUUAAAGGCAAAGCUAUCGUCGUCAUGCAGGAUGAUGAACUUGUCCUAGCUCCACGUGUUCAUAGAAAUAACGCUCUUUUCCGUGAGGAUGCGACCUACCUGUUGAUUGGAGGUACCGGUGGACUUGGAAGGAGCAUGGCCAGCUGGAUGAUUGACAAAGGUGCAAAAAAUCUUGUUCUACUUUCUCGAAGCGGUGCGUUGAAAGGAAGGGCUAAAGAGCAAAUCGACACUCUUAACGAAAAGGGCGGGAAUAUCGUUGUUCGUCGCUGUGAUGUUGCUGACAAGAAUGAUGUCGAGACCUUGAUCUCUAUCGGUCUCGACGGUCUGCCCCCAGUACGGGGUAUUAUACACGGUGCCAUGGUGUUACACGAUGUACUUUUCGAGAAGAUGACGUAUAGUCAGUACAAUUCGGUGGUUGAAUCUAAGGUUAAGGGCGCAUGGAACUUUUACAACGCGGCCGUAGCUGCGAACGCUUCGCUUGACUUUUUUAUCGUCAUCUCUUCUGCAGCAGGUGCAGUGGGCAAUCGUGGCCAAGCAGCGUAUGCGGCAGCAAAUACCUUUUUGAAUGGCUUCGCCCAGUAUCUGCUCAGUAAAGGCCUCCGCGCUGCCUCGCUGGAUCUGACUGCUGUCUCUGAUGCUGGCUACCUCGCCGAAGAUGCAGAAAAGGCGGCAGAAGUAGCGAGAACUCUCGGCAGCGAUACGAUUUGCGAAGCUGAAGUUCUAGCACUGAUUCAGGCAGCUGUAGAAGGGAAAUUGGGAAGCUGUAAUGGUCAUCCUAUCACCGGUAUGCGGAUUACGCCGACUAUGCGGCCGUUCUGGUCCGACGAUGCCAAAUUUAUGCAUUUGCUCAGUGCUGCUGAAGCCGCUUCGGCGGCUUCUGCUACGACUACUAUUUCCUGGAGCGCAGCUUUCAGAACAGCCGCAUCUCGAGCCGACGCUGAAUGCAUUGUCUGCAACGCGCUGGUAGAGAAAAUUGCAGAAGUAAUCUCUAUGGAACCAGAGGAAUUGGACACCAGUCGCGCUCUGAGCCACUACCCUUUAGACUCUCUUACGGCAAUCGAGGUGAGGAACUUCAUUACUCGGAUGUUUGAAGCGAAUCUUCAGGUCUUGGAAUUACUCGCUAGUGGGAGCAUUGAGAGUCUCGCAAAAGUUGUUUCCGUGAAGAGCAAAAUCACGCUUCCCGAAGCUUGAUAAUCUAGGUGUGCCAGUAAUGAGGGACAACUUAUCUUGGAGGUUGCAGAUACUGCAUGGUGAUUUUUUCCCUGGAGGAUUUUUGUAAUAACUUUUAG